UCUGAAUUUUACUGAUGUGGUUAUGCUCAGUAAUGCACACAGUAUCAAGACAUUUUGUAAGAAUAGCGACGGAUUGUUUCGUUCUGGAUGUUUUAUCUUUGGUCGCGACUACAACCAAGGAGUCGCAACGCUAAACGGGGAAUGCUGGAUAGCGAACAGGAGGUAUUGCUUGCGCGUGCUGCGAGACCUUGGUUUUGCGAAAUCUUCGAUGGAGGAGCGCAUGACGGAUGCCUUCCGUGAACUGGAGGCCUGUAUAGGCGAUAAAAAAGGCGAGCCUGUGAGCAUUCGCCCGAUCCUCAUUUCCUGCUUCACCAAGAAUGUCACGUCCUUUUUUUACCCUAACGGUCUUCUCGGUGGGGACAUAGCUUUGUGUAAGGUGACCAGAAUUCUUGAAGCACUGCAAGACGUAAUGAUGGGACGCCCGAACAUGCAGUUAUUGCCGGGCCUUAUCCGAAACCUGCUCUACUACAUUCCUUUCUCAAGGAAUGCACAAGUGGAUGGAAUUAUGAAUGAACUGGAUAAGUUUAUUCGCGACCAGAUUGAAAGCUACAAGCCCAACCCGAAUGGAAAUGAUGGACGAGGAUUCAUUGAGGCGUAUAUGAAGAAAAUUGAAGAAGCGAGACAGGAGCCAUCACCAACAUUUCAAGAGCGGUUUCUGGUGGGCAACGUGAAAACAUUCCUAAUAGCUGGAAUAUUCAGCACGACAAACACUAUGCAUUUGCACCUGCUCAACUUUGCCGCAAGACGAGACGUACAAUGUAGAGUGCAACGAGAAAUCGACGAAGUGAUUGGCACCGAGAGGUUACCAACAUGGCUAGAUCGAAGGCGCAUGCAUUAUACACUGGCCUGCAUGUGGGAAAUCCUUCGGUGGAAGCCGGCUCCGCCUCUUGGUAUACCAAGAGAGGCUAACGAGCACAUCGUCGUCGAUGGAUUUGUCAUACCAAGAGGAACUGUGGUCCUUUUCAAUAUGUGGGCAGCGCACUACGACACUGAUCUCUGGCCUGAACCACAUCGCUUCGACCCUAGGAGAUUUCUUGACAAGGAUGGAUGCUUCAUACCCGAAAAGCUCGAUAAUAUGGUUUUAUUUUCAGUGGGAAAGCGGUCAUGCCCAGGAGACGUGUUUGCCUUAAUGGAAAUCUUCAUGCUUGUGACAUUUCUUUUACAAAAGUAUUCUGUCGUUCUCGAAGAGCCGCUACAGGACGACCUCGACGACCUGUGCAUAAGUCUUGAGAAAUUGCACCAUGUUAGAGUGCGCUUUGUGCCGCGUCAUUCAGCUGAAGCUUGAUGCUUCGAGAAAAAGCAUGGUACUCGCGAUUACUCGAGCAUGUUUGAAGCAUUCGUAUGACAAGCCCUUACGUGUAAUGAGGUAAUGGGGUCAUGUUCGAAGUGCAUGAAGGGCAAUGCGCUUCACGUUGAUCCAUUAAAUGUUGCACAGUAUUCUUGACCGCCUUUUCUUAUUGUCCUCAAAAUUUUCUACAACACCUGAACCCCGAGCUGCCGCUCUAUUCAGGCAUGAUUUAGAAACAAGCACGUUUACAUGGCGCAUAAUGCAUCGCCUGCAUUUAACAUGUUUUUUUAAGUUUUCAAAGUUAACUAGUGUAGCGAAGGGGCACGCUAGAGAAAACCCAACUUCCGAGUUAUUUUGUUUCAG